AUAAGUGCGCCUACCUGUCACUUCCUGCUGUCGGUAUUUAUUCAUUUUCACUUCUUUUUUUCAAACUACGGAUAAUUCGCCACAACACUGCCAUGACUGUAUGAUUCCGUCUAAUGUAUCCCGCACGGUUUGCGGAUGCGGACCAAACGUUACGACCUUGGCUUCAUGUUCGGCUCAAAGGAGGAGUAACCCCCCUGGACACUGUUGGGAAAACACCGCUUGGGUUUAAUGAGCCAACGCAUCUGGGCUCGUUAUAACGUGGACACCUAUUGUUUUUCGUCGUUCUUAAUCCAGCAGCUGCAGGGGAGGAACUCUGCCCUUUGGGAAGGCAUGGAUGAGAGGUUAUGUGUGCCCCCCAGCUAAAGGCCUCUGGCGCCCUGAACUGUGCAUCCCACCAGUCCCUCUGUGAGCAUGUAUCGCAGGAACGGACUCUCGGAUGGCACCAGCAUCAACUCAGUCACAUCAGAGGCCAGCAGCAGCUCUGAUUCUCUGGAUGGACCUUGUGUGGACUAUGCCAAGAGCUAUGAUGCCGUCGUCUUCGAUGUGCUCAAGGUGACGCCUGAGGAGUUUGCUAGCCAAAUCACCCUGAUGGAUGCACCAGUGUUUAAAGCGAUACAGCCCGAGGAGCUGGCUAGCUGUGGAUGGAAUGGGAAGGAGAAACACAGUUUAGCCCCCAAUGUGGUUGCAUUCACACGCAGAUUCAACCAGGUGAGCUUUUGGCUGGUGAGAGAAAUAUUAACUGCUCAGACGCUGAAAAUUCGAGCAGAAAUCCUGAGCCACUUUGUCAAAAUAGCAAAGAAACUAUUGGAACUGAACAACCUCCAUUCUCUGGUGUCAGUGGUGUCUGCUUUGCAGAGUGCUCCCAUCUUCAGACUCAGCAAAACCUGGGCGUUGAUAAGUCGGAAAGACAAGGCCACGUUUGAGAAGCUAAACUAUCUGACAUCCAAGGAAGAGAAUUACACCCGCAUGAGAGAGUACAUCCGCUCCCUGAAGAUGGUGCCCUGUAUUCCUUACCUUGGGAUCUACCUGUUGGACAUGAUCUACAUCGACUCAGCCUAUCCUGCAUCAGACAGUAUCAUAGAGACUGAGCAGCGGACCAAUCAGAUGAACAACCUUUUGAGAGUUAUCUCCGACCUGCAGAUGUCCUGUAACUAUGAUCACUUGCUGACCCUGCCACAUGUUCAGAAGUAUCUUUUGUCAGUUCGCUACAUAGAGGAACUUCAGAAGUUUGUUGAGGAUGACAACUUCAAGCUGUCUCUGAAGAUUGAACCAGGCAACAGCUCCCCUCGCAUCGCUUCUUCAAAAGAAGAUCUGGCAGGUCUGUCUGAGGUAUCUGUCUCUAUGAGGUAUAACCGCAGGCCUACCUGCCCUGACGCCUCUGUGGGGGUCCAUAUCCCUACGCCCCCUCCUUCUCACCACAGGAAGAGCCAUAGUCUGGGAAACAAUAUGAUGUAUCAGUACGGUAUGUCAGAGAGCAGGAGUGCCACAUUUCCUAUAGAGAAAACACGACACCUGCUGGAUGACAGCUUCUUGGAGUCUCAGAGUCCAGUUAGAAAUGAUCCACACAGUACAUCGGUGUCCAAUGGCCUAUCUUUAGGCAGCAGUGAAAGUUCAUUUGGGGAGGAGCUGUCGCCUGGGAUGGAAAGGGGCCGAAUGUACGCAACACUGGGCCCCAACUGGAGGGUUCCACUUCGCAACUCCCCCAGGAGCCGCAGCUAUGUUUACAGCUCCUCUGCUGCCAACUCUUGCUAUGGGUGUAGUGAGGCUGGUGGUGUAACCAUUGAAGGACCCCUGCGAAGGAAGACACUGCUGAAGGAGGGACGAAAGCCCAAGUUGUCGUCAUGGACCAGAUUUUGGAUCACUUUGUCUGGAUCAACACUGACAUUCUAUGGAGCGAAAGCGCUGAGGGCCUCUGAGAGGAAACAUUACAAGUCAAACCCCUGUAAGAAAGUGUGUGUUACUGGAUGGAUGGUGGUGCUGCCAGAUGACCCGGCCAGACCCAACAUCUUCCAGCUCAAUGACCCAGACAAAGGCAAUGUUUACAAGUUCCAGACAGGAUCCAGAUUUUCAGCAAUUAUCUGGCACAAAAACCUGGAGGAGGCCUGUAGGAGCAGUAGACCUCAGAUGCCAGCAAACCUCAUGUCUUUUGAAUGAGCGCAAACCUUACCCAGCAGGACAUUUUUGUGCCAAACCCAUUUUUUUGGGAAGUACAGACUAAAUGAUGAAACAGUGGAAUUAGGUGGUUUUCUACUUAAAUGUGAUAGACAAACAUCUGGAACUCACGGUGACACUGGAUCUGUGACUAUUAUGCCAACCAAUACCCGCUGUCUUCUUCACCAGGACUAAGUAUAGUAUGAGCUCUGGAGAAGUCCAGCCAAUGGAAGACUUAAGUGAGGUUGGUUUCUUUCUCUAAGCUUCCUUGUUCACUGUAUUUAUUACACUGCGAUAAACAUGUGAGCAAGCACAUAGGUUUUUGGCCCAUGUUGGGUUUCUGAUCGUAUGAAAAGUGCACCAGUGUGUACUUAUAUGGACAACAGUGUUAGCUGAUUGACGGCUGACGCUGAUCUUCGGUUUGCAGAGUUGUGUUGUACGGCCUUCAACUAAAGCAUGGAAAGCUGAAAAUGACGUCCCGCUUGUUCAAAUGGUUCAACUUGGGAAACUGCUAUUGCAAGGCUACUAAGAAAAAUGGAUGCCUUCUCAUUAGGUAGUCAAAUAGGGUGACAUUUUUUGUUUCUUCUGCAUUCUAACAUCAUAACUAGAAAGCAAGUAGGCAGUGCACAUCCCCUAAUGAACUUGGAUCAUUCAUGAAAGGUGUGUUGUCAUAAGCAUAAAACACAACCUCAUCUCAUGGCAUCAUUAUAGUUAAAGAUCAGUGCUGCAGCAAAAAAGAACCGAUGAUGAGUUUUCAUCAACCUUCAGCGUUGCGUUGUACAGCUGGACUGAAUGAUUCCAAAGUAAGAGAUUUGUGUUCAUAUGAAUCAACACAAAACCAUGAAGUUUGCUUUAUGAGCCAAUGUGAAAUUGCUGAUCAAAUGAAAAGGCCCUGGACCAGUUCACCUGUUCACACGCUACCUCAGUUGGUAGUUCUCCUGUAAAAAUUGUUUCCUGAUGUACAUAACAAGGUUUACAAGUAGUAACAGUUAUUGUUUUCUACAGAACAAAAUAAAAGUUUUCAUAAUCCCUGGAAACAAUACUGAACAAGGUGAUAAUUACAUCAGUACUGCAGAGGACAGCCAGGAGUGUACACCAGUGUGCUCAGGCAGCUGGUUGAGUGAAUUUAAAAGCAAUUUGCAAUGAAGUACCAAGUUAACACAAUUAAUUGCGUGUAAAUACUGUAUUUAUUUAUAAAAGAGUUUAUUUUUUUGACAAUUGGCUAUCAAAGGGAAAAUGGAUUCACCACCUACUGCAGGAAGCUGCUCCUCAGAGAAACUCUUGGUGCUCAGCCACCCUAAAACCUGGAACGACUGUUCUCCAACUAAAGAACACUGGGAUAAGGAAAGACUCCUUCAGCACUGGUACGCUUAAAGAAUCUGUUUUUAAAAAGCAAAAUGUGAUGAUGUUGGUUUUAACGGAGGUUCCUACUGCAUUAAAAGGUGUGACCAUCAUGUGACUAUUAGUGAUCCAAUAAGAUUUUGUACAAAGUCAUCACCGAUGCAUCCACAGAGAAGUCGAGGCUUAAGAAAUUUGCACUAAAAGAAUGAGAUUGCUGCUACAGUAGUCAAAAUGACGAAGCAAGAGGAGCAAGGCUCAAUGGGUUCGUAUUCUGAUGCCUCCUGGCUGCCUCUCUGUGGUGUUAUGGAGACACAGAUAAACGCUCCAACCUAGAACACAUUAGAAGAAAUGGCCAAAAACCUUGUGUUGACGUGAACAAUGUAUGUGGCUUCACUAAGAAGAAGUCUGGCAAGUGAAGACCAUGAGCAGUCAGACAAUCAGGUUGGAAAUAAACAUCCAAAUUAUUUAAACUUAAAUUUUUUUUUUUACUAAUUUUACUAGGAAAAUUUGUCCCACGCAUUGUACACUGUCACACCCUGAAAGUGACCUCAAGUAACAGUGUCUGCUGCAAAGUGUGAUGCAGUAUGUGAAAAUUCCAACACAGACUGCACAGCUGUGGUAUCAGUAAUGACUGUGAUGUCGGUUUGUUAUCCUGAUUUCUUUUUUACUCCAAAAAUGGAUCAACAUUAAUGGCUUCAGUGACCUCAGUAUAGAUUCGUCACAUGAUUUAUGCCAUUUAUUACAAACAUAUGUCACUUCAGUUAUUCCUUCUAUUAGAGUAUUAGACAAUUCAGUUUCAUCUUCUUCAGCAAGUAAAGUGAAUUUAUUUCCAACCUGUCUGAUUGCUUGACUGCUCUUGCUGAAGCUGUUUGUUUGUGUGGCGAGGGAAUGCCAUGUGCACAGAUUCCUUUAGUAAUUUAAAUACAGUGUUAUCAUAUGACACGAAGGCACCAUGACCGAAUAUUUGAAAAUAAGUUGUAAUAAACCAGAAUUAUUACCCUUAAGAGAUGCACUUAUUUAAAUUAAAACAUUAGGACAUUACCUAUAGGUGGCAUAUUUCUAAUGCAUCUCUUUUGUAACUCAAUGUAAUCAGAACAGUGGCAAUAAUAUUGUAAAAGAGGAAUGAAAUCAUUACUUAUUUCAUUUUAUAUGUGCUGUCUUUUUUCUUCAUUUUGGAUGAAUAGUAGGAUUAGUAGGAUUUCCUCAACUAGUGCAGUGGUAUUGUUGUCUGUCAGUGGGGGAAAAAACGGUCAUGAAAGCUCUCUUGAAUUCCAUAGGACCAAAGCAGCGAUGUUUAAGAACACUUCACUACAAAUCACAUUUACUUUUCGUCAUAGUGCUGGACAGCAGUGAAGAGCAUGCAGAAACAUGCAUAGAUACUGACUUUCACUUGAUUCUAGUCAGCAGUGCAGCACAUUGAAUCAAUCAGCAGACACAAACCUCUUGCCAGGUGUGAGGGGGAUGGGGAAGUCAGAAUGAGUUGUGAGGUUUGGUCACACUGACUUUUCAUCUGAAUAAAACGAACACUAAAACUUAAUUUUAUUGGAACGUCAUUAAAAAGUAAGAAUCAGUAUCGUGGAUAACAUAUAAAGAUGAGCAGACAUGUGCAUGUGUAAAGACAAAAGUAUUUUCUAUAGUAUUUGCUUUAAAAUAUAAACGUCUGUCAGGCUCCACGUACAGUACACGUGUAUAAAUUCUUGCCUGUGUUGUCAAAUCAAAAUGCACUUAUAUAAGUGAAUUACACAACCAAAGCUAUUUUCAUUGAUUUUUUUUUUUUUUUUUUUACAAUCGCUGUAAACCAAUGUCAGGGAUAAUAACUGAUAAAUACUCGAAUGGGUCCUUUGAGAAAGACUUUCAUUUUCUUUUUUUCUCUCUGAUUAGUAGCAGUCUUAUGUGUUCCAGUCCUCUUACGUGGACUGUAAAAGAUCCACUCCAUCACACGUCAGUGACUGAGCCUGUGUUUCUCUUUAGUAGCUGGUAUUGCACAAUUUUACUUUUGCGGGUCAGCAGGGCACGGAGUUCAUUGAUUUACGUUGCUGCAUCACAUUUGUGAUUAUGAGUGGAACCAAUGGGCUUUCAUGACACUCUGCUGUUGUUCACUAUAUGAAUUUUAUUUCAGGGAACUUCAUCAGGAUAGAACAGAGAGUCCAAUGUGUCACAUUAUAUUAUUAUCAUUGUUUAGGGUUUUGAGCAGAGUCAAAUGUGCAAAUGUACAAUCCAGUCUCAGCAUUGAGUUGUUAUAUAACACCAGAAGGUAUUGACUGGCUUUCAAAUUAAACUGUUAAACUGCAGAAAUUUACUUUAUCCAUCCAGUAAAUUAUGAAUGACUAAUUGCCCAUUUUAAUGCAAUAAGUGAGAAUCUACUUCUGUGGCAGAAAGUUAUUGAAUAUAUAAGGAGGCUUUUGCCUAAAGUCUGGACUGAGCUCAAGUUACUUACUUUGUAUAUUUCUGAAUGACUAGAUCAAUGAAAUCUACAUUGAUACAUCAAUCUGAUUCUGGGAAUGAACACAAUGACAAUUUGUAAUAUGCUUCUGUGGAUACUACAGAAGAAAUCUUCUCCAUGUAAUUGCAUUCCAUAAACACGCAAUUACAACUUACAAUUAGAUUUGUUUAUUAAUUUCUAAAAACUAUUUUUUUAGUAGAAGUAUAACCCUUAUGUAGCAAACGAAAUAGUCGGCAAAUCAAAUUUUUAUCCAAAAAUCAUGUAAAAACUUAGAGACAUUAAAGUAUUAAUAUUAUCAUCAUUGUGAAACAAUGAAGUCUAACUGGGGUUUUUUAACAUGUUUCCCACAGAGAGUGCCAAUCAGGCCAAGAGUAUCUUGCUUGACAACAAUUAAAGCCAAUGCUGAUGGAUUUAUGAGUGAGGAAAUUAAUUUCUUUAAGUAAACUGCAGCUACCAAAAAAAGUGGGUUCAAAAGUUAAGAUUUUUCCAAAGUUUUCCAAAACACGGCCAAUGUUAGUGAAGAAUAUAUUGUACCCUAUAUAUAAAGCAGGCUGACAUGUUUCUAUUUCCUCCCACUGUGUAAAAGUGAAGGCAAAAUAUGGCAGAAAUGGGUGCUGCCCUCUUGUGGUGGUGACAUAAUGUGCAGCUACAGACUGUCCAGUGAUUUGUGAUCCACCCUGUUGAAGCUCUCAGUUCCAGCUUCUUCUUUUAUACAAGUCGCUGUGCAGAAAUGACCACAGGGUGAGGGUCGCCCCGCCUGACCAGCCCUGAUGUGAGCACAGACCCCUUGAACGUCACUUGUUAUGAUUUUUGUGGCCGCUCAUCGUACACUAACCGUUUUCCAGAUAAAAAUGAUGACUAACUGCUACUGGUUAGCUAACAAGCUAUGUAUCAACUAUUUUUCAUCAUUUCUCUGCUAUUUGUUGUAGCUAGGUAUUGCGGGCAGUGGUGCAGGAGGCGGGGCCAUCUAUCACCAUUUCAAGAUGGCAACACAAAGAUAUGCAUUUGUAUUUUGUGUUUUCUUGUGUGGAUCUCAAAUGUUGAUAUAAGAACCAAAAGAUUACACAUGUAGAAUAGUUUUCGUCAUCAUUGGCAGUUGUUUUCUAGACACAGUUAUCCAAAUGCAAAAGAUCUGAAUGUAGUGUAUGUUACCAUCAGUUUGUACAUGAUUCUAUCGUAUCACUCUCUCCAUGAAGUAUUGCUUUUCUGCUUUCUUUUAGUUGGUAUAUAACUUGUAUAUGUCAGAACUAAACAUGUUUCUGUUUUUUAUCCAAUUCCCAAAAGUACUGAUUGUUUUCAGUGGGACAUUGCAUGUAUUUUUUGUGUACACAAUUUCUAGUGUUGUAACUGUGAAAAAAAAGAUAACCACUGGGUUGUUAUUAUCAGUCUGUGAUUAUUUUGCUAAGUUAUUUCUUACCAUGACAUUGCUAUAUGUUGCUGUAUUUUUCAGCUUCAAGCACUGAAUUGGGAAUAAAAUAUAUGUACAGAAAA